AUGGUAUCGAAUCUAGAGAAGAUUUUGCUAACGAAUAUCGGUCAACUUUAUCAAAAUGCCGAUGACUACAAUGUUCAAAUCUAUGUUGGUCAAGAACCAAACAUACAGAUGUUCCGUGCUCAUUCAGUAAUCUUAAGAACUCGAUCCGCUUAUUUUCGAGCUGCUCUAUCAGAGAUUUGGGCAAAGACUGACGGCAACAUGAUCACCUUGAGAAAGCCCAAUAUUUCCCCUAUCGUUUUCGAUGCUAUAUUGAAGUAUAUUUACACGGGAAGCAUCCCUUUGGAAGAAAUGAAUAUUCGUAUUAAUUACAUCUUGCUCAUUGUUGCUGCCGACGAGCUUGCACUCACCGAUUUAAUCGACUACAUCCAAGCACAUAUUAUCAAAAAAGAGUCAGAGUUAUUGCGUAGAAACCUUGUCGAAUUUCUUCGUAUAUCUUCUCGCCACGAGGCCUGCCGCCUCUUACAUUCCCAUUGUGAAGAACUUGUUUGCCAAAAUCCAGAUGAAUUUUUUAAACAGGAAGUCCUUGCAAAUUUGGAUCAAUACAUUUUAGUAAACCUCUUGAAGAAAGAUUUGUUCAACAUGGAAGAAGUUGAAAUCUGGGAAAAUGUAAUUAAGUGGGGAAUCGCUCGAAGCUCUAGACUUGAUGAAGACAUCUCGGAAUGGACGCCAGAAGAUUUUCUUGAGUUGGAAGAAAAUAUAGCCGCAUUUAUUCCUCAUAUCCGAUUUUUCGCUAUUCCUGGUCCUGAAUUUAUUGAAAAGAUUUGGCCUUACGAGAAGGUUCUUCCAAAGAAGUUAAAGGAUGACCUAAUUAAGUUCCACGUCUUAAGUAUGCCUCCACAAGGAGCAAAAAUUGUAGUCCCACGCAGAAAAUACUUCGAUUCAAAUAUCAUCGGAGUGGAACAUUUUGAACAGUUGGCUUCGUGGAUUGACAAGAAAAAAGAACCUUACCCGUUUGGAAAGAGUCCCUACGAAUUCAGGUUGUUAAUGCGUGGAGAUCGUGAUGGACUAGACGAUGUCAAAGAAUUCCAACGUAGAUGUAGCAAAAGAGGUCCAACUAUCAUAGUCAUCGAAGUCAAGGGUUCUGAGAGA